GUGUAAAUAUAAUAAACCUAAAAGAAGAAAGCAAUCAGUUUGUUUUCUUCUCUCUUCUCCAGGUCCCUCCUCUUUUUGUCUUCUCUCUCCGCGCUUGAAGGUAGGCGUCGGAGACUUCCAAAAGCUCUCUAAUCGUGUCGGUUAUGGCGUCGUCAGGUGGUAGUCCUCCUCCUAAGCCUUGGGAAAAAGAUGGAAACAACAACACAUCUGGUGGUCCUAAGCCUUUCAGGCCUCCUUCUAAUACCCGCACUGCUGCUUCUGUUGAGGCUUCUGGCACUGCGAAUCCCGGUGAACUAGUUUCGUCUCUUAAUAGGACUAACACAGCUGCUAAUUUGAGUAGACCUGUUCCAGCUAGACCUUGGGACCACCAGAACUAUGGAAGCACUUAUGGUGGUGGUUAUGGCUCAAACCUAGGUAUGAACUCUGGUUAUGGUUCGGGUACAUAUGGUUCAGGGUUAGGUGGGUAUGGUUCGUCUUAUGGGGGUGGAAUGUAUGGUGGUAGUAGCAUGUAUAAUAGAGGAGGUAUGUAUGGUGGUGGUGGUGGUCUCUAUGGAAGUUCAGGCAUGUAUGGUGGCAGUUUUGGUGGUGGUUAUGGUAUGGGUAUGGGGACGGGGAUGGGGAUGGGGACGGGGAUGGGAAUGGGAAUGGGAAUGGGAAUGAGUCCUUACGUUGGUCAAGAUCCAAACGACCCUUUUAAUCAACCUCCAUCUCCACCUGGCUUCUGGAUAUCAUUUCUCCGUGUGAUGCAAGGUGCUGUGAAUUUCUUUGGCCGCGUAGCGAUGCUGAUUGACCAAAACACCCAGGCCUUUCACUUUUUCAUGUCUGCCCUUCUUCAGCUCUUUGACCGUAGCGGUAUGUUAUAUGGAGAAUUAGCAAGAUUUGUAUUGCGUAUGCUUGGUGUGAGAACAAAGCCUCCAAAGAUGCAGCAGCAGCCACAAGGGCCUAAUGGACUCCCUAUACCCCACCAGCCACAUGGAAACCAGAACUACAUCGAGGGUCCUAAAGCCCCUGCACCAGGUGGUGGUGGUUGGGAUAAUGUAUGGGGAAACUAACUAAGUUGCUUCUUUCAUUUAACUCAAAUCCUUCAACAUUGCAACGAAUACACACAACUUGAGAAUCAGUUGGUAACAAAAUGAAUACAAGUCGUGCAGCGGCCUCCAACGCAGAUUGGGUUGUAAGAAAUCUUUUUUUUUUCUGUCUUCCAUCUCUCUCUUCUCAGCUUGCUUGUUGUGUUAUAUAAACAAGUUGCAGAUAUAUAGAUGUUGAAUUCAAUAAAAUGGAAAGUGAAGUUGUAUGUGUUGUAAAGACAUUUCUGGUGGUAUUCAUAUAAAUAUUAUUCGGUUCU